AUGGCUGCCGCCGGCCUCGGGGAGGACCUGUUGUUCGAGAUAUUCGGCCAUGUGCUGCCGACGGACGUGCUGGAGAUCGUGCACCCGCGCCAGGAACACGUCAACUUCAGCCAGCCGCUGACGGCGGCGCGUGUGAACGCCGCCGGCCGCAGCUGGCUGCUGUCGCGCUACACGGCUGGCUGGCCGGCCCGGCCGGCCGUUAGCCACUGGCACCGGCGGCUCACCUCACUCUGCCCGACGGCCGGCGCCGGCCGACAGCACGGCGCAGACGGCGGGCUGGCGCCCUGGAUGUACCGGCAGCUGAACACAACCGCCUUCGUGGCUGCGCUGGAGCAGCCCGACAGGAAACUGUGCCAACUCAUCCCCAUGUGUGUGUCGUGGUCCUCGCUGGCCGUGCACGUGGCCACGGAGCGGCUGCUGCCGCAGCACGUGAUGCACGCCAUCAAUGGUACGGUGGUGGCGUUGUGCCGGACCGAGCCUGACACGUGGCGGCGGCCUGACGACGGCUCCCUCUUCUGCCUGCUGCCGCCCGGCCACCGGCGGCCCGACUGCCUCGGGUUCGGCCUGGUGCGCGGCUUCGACCCGGAGCGUCGGGAGCUGUACCUGCUGACGGGCGUGGCGGCCGCUGCGCUGGCCGGCGUCAACACGCUGGUGCGGGGCCCGCAUCACCUGCUCGACGUGUUCCCGACCGAGAGCGGCCUGCGCGCCUGGACGCCGGCGCUCACCGGCAACCAGGGCCCGCUCGAUCAGUCCAAGAGCUGA